AUGACCUCCACAACGUCGCUCGACGUACUGUCGCUGAUCUGCUUCUCUGUCAACUGCUCCCCGGUCAUGUGCUCCCCUGCCUGUUUCUGCAUACCAGCUUUCCAUCACCCCGCCCCAUUCUCCCUCCUUCCAUCACCCCGCCCCAUUCUCCCUCCUUCCAUCACCCCGGCCCAUUCUCCCGCUUUCCAUCACCCCGCCCCAUUCUCCCGCUUUCCAUCACCCCACCCCAUUCUCCCGCUUUCCAUCACCCCGCCCCAUUCUCCCCCUUUCCAUCACCCCGCCCCAUUCUCCCGCAUUCCAUCACCCCGCCCCAUUCUCCCGCUUUCCAUCACCCUGCCCCAUUCUCCCGCUUUCCAUCACCUCACCCCAUUCUCCCGCUUUCCAUCACCCCGCCCCAUUCUCCCGCUUUCCAUCACCCCACCCCAUUCUCCCGCUUUCCAUCACCCCGCUCCAUUCUCCCGCUUUCCAUCACCCCGCCCCAUUCUUCCGCUUUCCAUCACCCCGCCCCAUUCUCCCUCCUUCCAUCACCCCGCCCCAUUCUCCCGCUUUCCAUCACCCUGCCCCAUUCUCCCGCUUUCCAUCACCCCGCCCCAUUCUCCCGCUUUCCAUCACCCCGCCCCAUUCUCCCGCUUUCCAUCACCCCGCCCCAUUCUCCCGCUUUCCAUCACCCCGCCCCAUUCUCCCGCUUUCCAUCACCCCGCCCCGUUCUCCCGCCUUCCAUCACCCCACCCCAUUCUCCCGCUUUCCAUCACCCCGCCCCAUUCUUCCGCUUUCCAUCACCCCGCCCCAUUCUCCCUCCUUCCAUCAACCGGGAGAUGCUCCUGA